AUGAGCUUACGAUCUCGAACAAACCGGUGGUCCUUUGCUUCUUCGGCUGAGAGAACAUGCACAAGCAAGGAGUUUUCAGAGAGAGUUUCUGAAGAGAGAAAUGGCUUCGCAUCUAAGUUGGGAGAGACUGUCGUUCCUGGUGGAAAAAGCCUCGAGGCCCAAGAACACCUUGCUGAAGGGUUAUUGAGGAGGAAACAAGGAGGGCAGACGAGGAAUGAGCAACUAGGGAAAGAAGGGUAUCAAAAGAUGGGUCGCAUGGGUGGGCUGAGCACCACAGAUGAGUCUGGUGGGGAACAUGCGACCCGAGAAGGUAUAAAAUUUGAUGAAUCUAAGUUAAAGACUAAUAAAAGCUAG